GUGGAAAUGGAGAAAUCUCAAGUAUAUUCGUUCCAUAAGGAGUCCUUUUACAGGGAUACUCUAGGUGAGGACUGCCUCCCAUUUCAGAAUAUAACGUCUUCGCUGAAGGAAUUUAACCAGGCGGAAAUGAAAAAGAAAGGUGAUGGAGAUAUAGUCAUGUCAGAAGCAAAUGUUAUCAAGAGUUUUAAGGGUCAGACUUCUCUUGUCUUUAACAAGGGUAAGCUGGUUUAUGAUAAAAAGACACAUGAGUGGUACAAGGUACUAGAUCUAAAAACAGAUGAUAACUACAAGCCAAUUUGGGCAAGUAUAGCGAAGAAAGGAGGAACUGAUUCUAUUGAAAUUACUAAGGAAGAAGAUUUUGAUCAUUUCACUAAUGCCUUAACAAUAUUAAUAAAGAUAGAAGGCCAGAAGUCCCUGACAAUAGAGACAACUCCGAAGAUCUAUGACAAGUUCGAGAACGCCUUCGAAGGCCCCUUCGAUGGAGCUGGAGAACAGCUUAUGAGCUACAAAUUAUUCUUCAAUAGUAAAAUGAUUGAGAAAGACCAGAGCCUAGCCACCAUCGAUGGAAUUAAGGAUGGUGACAUUCUAUAUGCAUCUGAAGGGCUUGGCAAGCCCUUCAAAUUCAAUAGAUUUCAGGAGGUGAACACCAGUUGGGGCUGGUCUAACUCUGGAGGAUCUCCAGAUGGAAUCAUGUUCAAGCCAACACAAAAUAUCAAAGUAUGUGGAUUCUCUACAUUUGCCGCAAGGGAAAAAGAUUCCUAUGAAAUCAGGUACAGAGUCAGAAUAGACGGAGUUGACGUAGAAGAUGAAACAAUAGUUGGGACAAAUUGGGAAGAUAAAUACUAUUUCAGACAUAGACUCAAUGGAGUCUACAAUGCAUCAGCAGGAUCUAAGAUUGAAUUCACAUGCUGGAUUGCUGAGAACUUGGCUAACCGCAGUUAUGUUGAAACUUUUAGUGGCCAGAGAGGAGAUGAUUAUAAGGAUGUUGAGAAUGAGCAUAUGGGUUUGUUUGAAAUAGAGAGUGGAGGAGAGAGCUGCAAUGGAACAGGAGUGUAUUCCGGCCAUUUCCCUGAGAUAUUUUAUUAUCUUGGAUAAAAA